AUGGAUCACAACGGCAACUUCAGCUCUAACCGCUCGGAGCACUUCCGCGCAACAAAGAUCUGGAAUACGAUCGUAUCAGCUGUCAAACAGAACAUGCCGCUUGGCCGUCAUCGAAGAGGUCUCAAGCUAUUCGAGAACUGCUUCCCAGGAAGCGAAGCGGUCUCGUGGACUCUCGACUUCCUGAAGAACAAUCGCAAUCUUCUGCCUAACGGCCAGGAGGUCACGAGACAGAAAGUCGUUCUGCUCAUGCAGAAGUUCGUGGAGCAGAAAAUCAUCCACGACGUACGAGGUCGCAGCGAGGAUUUCAAAGACUCGUCAUCGCAUCUGUACGCUUUCUGCAAUGAAAACAUUCCACCCGUCAAUAACACAACGAAAGCAGCUUUCAAAUCUCGCAGCAGCAGUUUGGGCCACAUCACUCCUCCAAUGAAGUGCGCCACCAGUAUUGUCAAAUCUGCUCUCGUGGGAUUGUCAUACCAGAAAGUGCGCCGCGAGUCGUCGUCGCUCGUCGCCACCUAAGAAGCAUCUUGGCAGUUUCUCACGAAGGAUGAACAUGAACGAAAGUUCUCAACUUGUCGACAAAACUCAAGAACGAGUU